UAUAAAUACCGCCGACAAGGACAAGCACGCGCUGACUGUACAGCGUUUUCCUCAAAGGCGACAUGGUUAAAAAGUGUCACUUUGGUGAUUUCUAUGAAUUUCUGUUUCAAUUCAAGCCUGUGAUUUCGUCUAGUUUCAAAGUGUUUCUGCGGUUUGCUGUUGUUAAAGUAUUUUGCAUUAAUAUUUGAACGUAAGUAGUUCUCGCAUUUUAUGUGCAUUGCAUGACAGUAGCUGUCACGAUGAUUUUCACCGCGCAUUUAAUCUUGGCCACUGUUCUAUUUGCCGGACUUGUGAAAUGUAAUAGUGUGGAUUUGGACGAGACCGAGACAGUACCUGUCAGAAUUUCUUUAAAGAGAAAUGGCCUUUGGCGACGUGAGGACUGGUAUGUUUUCCAAAUUAAGGCGUUCGGGCAGGUUUUCACACUAUACCUGAGGCCAGACGACAGUUUUCUGGCUCCUACGCUACACGUUCAGCGCGUCAAAGUGAACCGGCUGAACAGCUCUGGGUACGAGCGCGUCCUCGAGGAUAUAGUGCCGAGAGAAAGCGAGCAGGGGUUCAGGAGAUGUUUCCACACGGGGACAGUGAAUAAGGACGAGGACUCGCUGGUCUCCGUCAGUCUGUGCCGUGGCAUCCGGGGAACCUUCGUUACGCGCGGUCAAGAGUACUUCAUUGAACCUGUGGCUGCGCGCCCUGGAGACGCGACGUCGUCUUUCUCUCAGCCUCACGUCAUUAAAAGACGGGUGCUCUCCAGGAGAUCCGUCGUCGUAGGGAAUCCAGAGGGCAACGGCUACGUGAAGCAUGGCGUUGACCAGUCGAACGCUUACGAACACAAAGUGCAAAAGAGGGAACGGAGGUUUGUCUCAACAGCCAGGUACAUUGAAACCCUGGUUGUGGCAGACGCUUCCAUGGCGAGGUUCUAUGGAGACGAAAUUAAGCACUACCUAUUAACCAUAAUGGGGAUGGCUGCACAAUUAUUUGGCCACCCUAGCAUCAAGAAUGCAGUAAGCCUAGUGGUGGUCAAGAUGUUGGUGGUGGAGGAUGAGGAUGUUGGCCCCGUGGUGUCUAGCAAUGGCGGGAUGGCCCUACGCAACUUCUGCACCUGGCAGCAGCUCUUUAACCCAGCAAGUCCACGUCACCAUGAGCAUUAUGACACAGCUAUUUUGUUCACAAGGGAGGAUAUUUGUGGACAUCAGCAUUGUGACACCCUUGGUGUAGCCGAUGUGGGAACCAUGUGUGACCCCAAAAGAAGCUGUUCAGUAAUUGAAGACAACGGCUUUCAGGCAGCAUUCACUGUGUCACAUGAGCUAGGCCAUGUAUUAAGCAUGCCGCAUGAUGACUCCAAAACCUGUGAGAAAUUGUUUGGUGAUAUUGAUGGACAUCAACUAAUGGCUCCCUUCUUUGUACACCUCAACAAGACAUUUCCCUGGUCACCAUGCAGUGCCCUUUACAUAACAGAGUUCUUCGACAAUGGGCAUGGUGACUGCUUACUGGACAUGCCAGACCAGAGUAUACCAUUAAGGGCUGAGCCUCCGGGCCGCAAGUUUGGUCUGGAUCGUCAGUGCCAGCAAACAUUUGGAGAGAAGUUUACCCACUGCACCAAUGCCCCGGAGGACCAAGCGUGCAUCCAGUUGUGGUGUCGCGAAGAGGGAAAACCACAGUGCACUACCCGUAAUGGUAGCCUGCCCUGGGCUGAUGGCACACCAUGUGGCGAAGAUCGGAGCUGCGUUGGGGGGGUGUGCGUGUCAAGUAUGUUGGCAGAAAAGAAGGAGGAGGAACCAGUCAAUGGUGGUUGGGGUGCAUGGGGUGCCUGGGGUCCAUGCUCUCGGACAUGUGGAGGUGGUGUUGAGUUCUCUCAACGUGAGUGCACAAAUCCAAUGCCACAGAAUGGAGGAUCAUACUGCGUUGGUCAGAGAGUGAAAUACCAGUCCUGCAACAUUCAGACCUGUCAAGGAAAUCAUGGUAAGAGCUUCAGAGAGGAACAGUGUGAGAAAUAUAACAGUGAUCGUUACUUGAAUGUACAUGGCAAAAUAAAGGAGUGGAUUCCCAAGUAUGCUGGUGUUUCACCCAGAGAUCGGUGCAAACUUUUCUGCAGAGCCAGGCACAGCAAUGAAUUUAAGGUCUUCGAAGCCAAGGUCGUGGAUGGUACAACCUGUGGUCCCGAUACGACAUCUAUCUGUGUCCAGGGACAGUGCAUCAAGGCUGGCUGUGACCAGGUCAUAGGCUCCAAUCUUAAACUGGACAAGUGUGGUGUCUGUGGUGGAGAUGGGACAAGUUGCAGAAAAAUCAGUGGCACUCUAAACAAAGCUACCUUUGGAUACAAUGACAUAAUUAGCAUUCCUGCUGGGGCCACCAAUAUUGACAUCAAGCAGCGUAGCCACCAUGGAAUCAAGCAUGAUGGUAACUACCUAGCAGUGAAAACUGAGGAUGAAUCCUACAUUCUCAAUGGGAAUUUCUCAGUAUCAACAGCUGAACAGGACAUUCCAGUGUGUGGUGCUGUCCUUCGAUACAGCGGCUCAUCCACUACCCUGGAACGGCUUCUCAGCUUCCAGGUACUCCAGCAACCUAUCACCAUCCAGCUUUUGUCAACAGCAGGUGAAACCUCACCACCCAGGGUUAAAUACACCUUCUACCUACCCCGGGACCUUCCCUUCAGCAAGCCAAAUGCAGAGAGGAGCAUCUCCCCACAUGUCAUCCUGCCAUUUGGUGGAGCCGAAUGGGUCCUGGGUGAGUGGUCCGAAUGUUCUAAGAGUUGUGGUGCUGGCUGGUCCAGGAGGAGUGUUGAGUGUCAGGACAGAACAGGAGCCCUGUCUUUCUCAUGUGACAUGGAGCUGCGACCAACCGACAUCCGACCUUGUGGUGAUCUUCCCUGUCCAGUGUGGCAGAUGGGACCAUGGUCAGCCUGUUCUCGGACUUGUGGUGCUGGUGAGCGCUGGCGCAGCGUACUGUGCAUAGACUACACAGGCAUGACCGUGGAGCCAGAAAAGUGCAACCCAGAUAAACGGCCAGAGGCUGUUUCCACAGAGUGCUUUUACCAAGAUUGUUAAAAUAGACUGUGCCCUACAACAAAGAACGUGGGUAGAUGUUGGCAGUGGUUUAAGAUCUAUAGAGCAGGCAGUAGAACUGAGAACCCAAUACCCUCCCCUUUAAAUAUGAAGUUGAUCAUGCUUCAGAAGAAAGCUAGGAAAUUGUAACAUACAAAAGGGUAUAGAAAUCAGCUGUCAAACCUAAUAAUGGCAUUAGAUAUAAGGUUCCAUCUAUUUUAUUAAUUCUCAUUGUUAUUCAUAUUCCUCUAUUUAACCUUCUAAUUUUCUAAUCACUAUUGAACUUUUUUUCUGCCCCACAGAGAUCUACCUCAAACCAUAAAAAUGCAGUAAUACUAAAGGAAAGCAUUCUGUUGUAAACUUUACUACAAAGAAAUAUUACCUUUAAAAAACAAAAACCUGCUGAAUUGUAUUCAAAUAUGACUGGUCAAAUACCUCCAUUUUAAUGCAUUUCAGUCCACAUCAGACUGAUUAUCUAACUGAGUCAAAAUGUAAAGCUACCUGAGACAUGAACGUAUCGGCUUCACAAGUAGAAGUGUUCCUCUCUUUAGGCUUAGUCCAAAUCCAACUGCCUUUUUAGUAGAUAAUUCUUCAUACACAUGCUUAUGCGCUAUUUCACAUGUUUAAUUUAUUUGCCAGUUUGUAGUCUAUAACAGUGUUUAUAUUAAUAACAACUGAUUAUUUAAUGCUAGGUAAUAUAAAAUAUUUCAGAUUUAUGCAUUUCAACACUGGAAUUUAUUACAGUCCUUAGCCACAUAGGGAUAAACAGACACCAUCUAGGCCAAUGUGAGAGCUAUGAAAUAGUGAGGGCAUUUCACUUCUUAAUAACUGUCUGCUUUCUGAUGAAAAUUAUUGAGCUGCUUUCUUGUUUGUCACAAUGAAAUUGCUUGAUGUAGACGAUAAACCCUGUAUUGUACUAUAGCCAGGCCAUCAUACCAUUUUAAACAACUGUGUUAAAAUAUGGCCUUCUAAAGCCACCUUUUACUUUGUUGUCUAUUACCAUCAAUUGUUACACAAACCUAUUAAAAAAACUAUUUCAAAUGUAUACUACAUGCAAAAGCCCUCUGACGAAAACGAGUGAAUUAGUAGGAAAGAAAAAUCUGAGACUGGAGCAAAGAGACUGAUGACCUGAAUGAAAGGCUCCUUUUCAGUAAUAAUUAAAAUCAUUUCAGAUGUUUAAGCUAAAAAGAGUGUAAGAUAAAAUAAAUAAAGUCCACAAUGGGAAGUGUGCAUUAAAUUAUACAACAGUGCGAUCGGAUAAGCCUUGAGCCAAGAGUAUAACAACACUGGUACAGUCAGUGUUCACAACGUACAAUUCCAUGUCUAACAACAUUUGCAUUGAAACCCACUACUACACUUACUCUGGACUGUAAGUCUAUCUGUCUAUUGCAUGGCAAUAUGAACUACACUACCAGCUGUGGCUUCUGGGGGAACUUUUUUCAUUAAACAACCAAAAAUAAACAAAAUAUUUGGCCAUAUUUUGUCUGAAAUGUCAGUCACUUAAUAUUGUUACCUUCUGUUCAUAGAACUGUUGUAUAAUAGCAAUAUCACAAUCGCAGUUGUGCGGUUCUAAUGAAUAUCAGCAUAACUGUGAUUACCUAUAGCUAAAUCCCAGUUGUGCUGAUAUUCUAUACAACACUCCCGCUUAUGUGAUAUUGUUGGAAUAUGUCUCCCUCUCUGCCCCCCCCCCCCCAAAAAAUA